GUUUGGAAUCGAACAAACAAACAACCGAAGCUGCGUAAUCUUCCCAGAGGAACUGGAAUCUAUAGCUGAGAUAUUUUAUCUAGUGCAUCGGCUGUCAUUUUCCAUCGUGCAGCUACAUAUUGCAGCUUUAAGUGCAGUGAAAUAAGUGGAGUGGCCAGCUAAGAGCUUUGACAUAUAAACGAGGAUCGAUUUUAGCAUCUGAUGGAUAACAUAAAUGAAAUCGCGUCGGAGGCCGCUCAGGCUGGUGCCGGCAACGAGCUCGUCUCACAUUUCGCCUUCGAGUUGGAAAACAGCAACGAAGGUGUACGUGAGAUACCCCAUGGCCCCAUCUCCGUGAGCGUUGCCACACGCACCUUCACUGACGAGGAGUUCGGCUAUGCCACCUUCCAGAUGCUGUUUGGGGAUACCGAUGAGGAGCUGCUGUUUCCUCAGCCGAAUAUGAUGAUGCACGAUGACGAUGAUCGCUCGCAAUCGCUCAAUACCCCCGAGCCGGCACCAACAGCCCCCAAUACCCCCAUCAAUUUCCCAGAUAUGGAUGCGGACAUGGACCUGCCGGUCAUCCCGGAAGAGGACAUGGACCCGCUGCCACUUGACCAUGGCCAUGGCGGUGGUGCCAACGAUCCUUUCAUGGGAAUGAAUGACGGGCCCGACUUUUUUUUCUUUACCAUUGCUCAAAUCUCUCGCUAUAUGUAGUCCUGAUUCGGAGAGUAGAAUUCAGUUGAGUAGCCAAAAUAGUAAUCAAAAUUUUAAACAAAAUUGUUGCCAUAUUAGUAGCCAAAUUUGAGAUACAAAAUAGGAAUCCUUUUGAUAUUAGAAAAUAAAUACCUUUGAGAAAAGUUUGAAAGACAAAUAGCACCGGCAAAUUACGUACAUAUAUACAUCCGCUACUAACUAUGAAAUGAACUAUGAAAUCAGGACUUCUAGUUAUCUUGGAAGAGUUUUAGUGGAGCCAUUAAUUGCUAAUUGUUUUUUUAUUUAUUAAUCAUCUUUUUUUCUUAUUUUAUGUAUAACCACCAUAUAUGUAUGUAUAUAACCCUACUGGCAAUCGGUCGAUUUGUAGCAAGUUCUAGUCGGAUUGAAUCCCCGAAAGCUUGCACUACUUCACAUCCCCCACCAGCCGCACGUAAAGCCGCACGAGUGUCGCCAUGUGUGGCAUGUAAGUUUUACGUAUAUCUGAUUGUGGUUCUGGCCAAGGCUUUGUGCCUGGGAUGAUGACAAAAGUUCAUUAGCGACGCAUCAGUGGCGUCCACAUCCACAUCCGGUGCGGGGGUUGGUCAGUGGUUAAGUUAGUUCUUUUGGUGCCUGCUGGGGCUUAUUGCCAAUAAAUAUUGAAUCAUA